UUGGCUAGUUAGCAACGAAAGAUUACAAAGAACCGCUAAGGAAAAAAGAUUCCAAUCUCUGUCUGACUUUAUGUUGUUGUUUAGCGUAAAAAGAAAAACGACUAUUGUCGAUAAUAACUCGUGUUUAGAAGAAGAUUGAUUUGCUGAGCUCAGAAAGCUUCCACAUUGCUCUCUCUGUUUUUUGUAUUAUCACCUACAUCUGAGGGCAGAGGCAGUGCUUACACGUCCCCCAUGGCGGCAGCAGCCAAUAUUCCUCUGCUUCAAGCCAACAGGCUCAGACCCACUAUCUCAUUUUCUUCUUCUUCGCACCCCAUUAGACAAAAAGGGAUAAUUACAUGUGCGUCUUCAAAUGGGAGAGAGCCGGAUUCAGUGGAUAGUGAAGUGAAGAAGGUUGAGCGGAUUCUCGGAGAGAAAAGGCGAGCUCGGCUCUCUACUCGGAUUGCCUCCGGAGAAUUCACUGUUAAACAAUCUGGCUUUCCAUCUCAACUGAGGAAUGGUUUGUCGAAGUUGGGAGUUCCAAGAGAGGGUCUGGACUUGUUGUUUAGUUGGGCUGCUGAUGGCAAUGGAGACUAUCCGAAGAUUCCCGAGGCAAGAGGGUCUAUUAAAGCUGUCCAAAGUGAGGCCUUCUUUAUCCCCUUGUAUGAGCUUUAUCUAUCUUAUGGUGGAAUUUUCAGGUUGAACUUCGGACCCAAGUCUUUUUUGAUAGUGUCUGAUCCUUCCAUUGCCAAACAUAUACUGAAGGAUAAUUCAAAGGCAUAUUCAAAGGGUAUAUUGGCUGAAAUUCUAGAAUUUGUCAUGGGGAAGGGACUUAUCCCGGCUGAUGGGGAAAUAUGGCGUGUUCGAAGGCGUGCUAUAGUUCCGGCAUUGCAUAUGAAGUAUGUAGCAGCCAUGAUCAAUCUCUUUGGACAAGCUUCAGAUAGGCUUUGUCAGAAACUAGAUGCUGCUGCAAGUGAUGGGGAAGAUGUCGAGAUGGAGUCACUUUUUUCCCGUCUGACAUUAGAUAUUAUUGGCAAGGCAGUUUUCAAUUAUGAAUUUGAUUCAUUGACAAAUGAUGCUGGGAUAGUUGAGGCGGUUUAUACCGUUCUAAGAGAAGCAGAAUAUCGCAGUACCGCACCCAUUCCAUUCUGGGAGAUUCCAAUAUGGAAAGACAUAUCACCAAAACAGAAGAAGGUCUCUGCAGCCCUCAAAUUAAUCAAUGACACACUUGAUAAUAUGAUCAAAAUAUGCAAGAGGAUGGUUGAUGAAGAAGAACUGCAAUUUGAGGAGGAAUACGUGAAUGAACGGGAUCCUAGUAUUCUUCAUUUCCUUUUGGCCUCGGGAGAUGAUGUUUCCAGCAAGCAGCUCCGUGAUGACUUGAUGACUAUGCUUAUAGCAGGGCAUGAAACGUCAGCUGCAGUUUUAACGUGGACCUUUUAUCUUCUCUCCAAGGAGCCUCGAGUCGUAUCAAAGCUCCAAGAAGAGGUCGACUCAGUUUUGGGAGAUCGAUUUCCAACUAUUGAGGACAUGAAGAAACUCAAGUAUGCGACCCGGGUGAUCAAUGAAUCCCUAAGGCUUUAUCCGCAACCACCGGUAUUAAUCCGCCGCUCUAUUGAGGAUGACACGCUUGGUCAAUACCCUAUAAAAAGGGGUGAGGACGUAUUUAUUUCAGUUUGGAAUCUGCAUCGCAGUCCAAGUCUUUGGGAAAAUGCAGAUAAGUUUAUACCAGAAAGAUGGCCCUUAGAUGGACCAAAUCCAAAUGAGACAAAUCAAAACUUCAGCUAUUUGCCAUUCGGGGGCGGACCACGGAAGUGCGUCGGUGACAUGUUUGCUUCCUAUGAGACUGUAGUGGCACUUGCAAUGCUUGUCCGCAGAUUUAACUUCCAAAUGGCGGUUGGAGCUCCUGAAGUAAAUAUGACUACGGGAGCAACAAUUCACACGACGGAAGGACUGAAGAUGACGGUCUCCAGAAGAGUAAAACCUCCGAUAGUGCCGACGUUGGGGACGCCGAUGUUGAAGUUAGAUUCAUCUGCUGGUGUUUCUGAUAAUGAUCCUCUACUUAGUGAGACGGGCGAAGUUUCCGCUGCACAUUCCUGAUGCAAACCUUCAGCUACAAUCUACAUGUAGUAUAGAAUGCUAAAAUGUUCAAUCAAAAAAGAAAAAGAAAAAAAAAAAGAACACUCGAAUGUGACAUUCUUCAGCUGGGAAGCUCAUAUAAAAAAAAAAAAAAGAAGUAAUUGAUAAAAUUACGUUGCAAGAUUCUUCUCUCUGUGGUCUUUAACAACUAAUGCAGCUGUACCGGCAAAGAGUGCAGUCAGUUAUUGUAUAUUUCACGAAAAUGGCAAUGUAGAAAGAAAAUGUAAAACAAGUCAUGGGCUGAUGGAAAGAUGUUAAUAGAAGACAAAAGUUAUUAUUAUAAACACAACUCAUGCUCAAUUAACUGUUAUAUACAUAAUUAAGUCCCUGAAAAAAA